AUGUCGGAGAGCCACAGUCGCGAAUGUGCGGGCGAAGCCCUAGAAAAAGGAAAACAGGCUUGCUGCCACGCAGGAUCAGACAUAAUGGAAAAGGCCUGUGAUUUAAAGGAUAGUGCAAAGGAAAAGGCCGGAAUGGCGUGUGACUCAGCUUGCGAAAAAGCACAACAAGGAAAGGAAAAGGCUCAAGAGACGUGCAGCUCUGCGGCCGCUGCUACUAAGGAAAAAUCUGCAGAGGCUCAGGGGAAAAUGAGCUCCGUUGGUCAGGCUAUUGGUGAGAAGGCAUGCAGCAUGAAAGAUAGCGUGACUGGUACUGCUAGCAACGCCAUGGCUGCUGCACAGGAAAAGGCAAAGGCUGCUAAGGACGCGGCAACCGAAGGCCUCAGCAAGCUCAGGAGCGACACCGCGGAAUUUAUAUCUCCCUCUUCCUAA